AUGGCCUCUAUGGUAGCUGAUAAUUGGGAAUCCAUCGUUGGUUAUGAUGAUUUUAUCGACAUUGAAAGUUCACAUAUUGACCAGAGUGUUCUCAUGUCUCUACUCGAUGAAUCACAUAUUGAAGACUGUGACGAUGAAAAAUUAACAAAUGUGAUCCGAUCUCUAGAGGCUGAAAUCACACCCAACAAUACAGAUUAUCAUUCAUUUGAUAAUCUCGAAUGGGAGAGUGAUCCAAUAGAGUGCCAAUCAUCGAGUGAUGAGUCGAUGAACAAUCAGAAUUUCUCGAAAUUGCAUGAUCUCGACUUCCAAUGGAUGGAUUUGGAGAUGGUCCCUUCUUCACCUGCUGCUGGCAUGGCAAGUUGGUACAUGGGUCCCUAUGAACAAGAGUUGGAUGCAGUGACAGAAUUUGGUGGGCUAAAAAAUUAUUCUCAGAUUAUUUAUGAAACUCCAUUAAUGGAAGAGCAUGAUUUUGGUCUUUUAUGGCCAGAAACAAAUUACUCACAGAUGAACAAUUGA